AACCCACACCAAUCAAAAAACCCAAAACCUUAACAAAAAUGGAACAUAACCCAUAAUAUCAAAGUUAUUCAUUAAUCCUCUUCACGCAUUUCCAGCAAAGAAACUUGAAGAAAAACAAGAGAAAAAUGCUUUCUAGAGCCUUAGAAGCAAAACCCAGAUGGAGUCCAAGACAUGGAGAUAACUUUAGCUGCAAAUCAGGAUCCAUUCUUGAAUAUUCUGAAGAUUGCAUUGUGGGAUUCAUAGAUGAUCUACCCUUGAUUUUCUGUGGGAACAGUGAGUCCCGCUUGACUUUAAGGGAGGUUCUAAGAGGAUCUGUAGCUGUUAUGGGAGAGAGUCGGUUAGGGAUGACAGAGAAGGUGGUUUUAUUAGAAGGAAAAAUCUAUGCAGUAAAGAGAUUUAGGAGAGUAAGUGUUGGUAGACGUGAAUUUAGGAAAAGAGUAGAGAAAUUGGCUGAGGUGAGCCAAAAAUGUCAGUAUAUUGUUCCUAUUGCUGCUUAUCUAUAUUCAAAGAGGAUCAAGUUUGUCGUCUGUGGUUAUUAUCCCAUGGGAAGCCUAGCCGACUUGCUUGCUGGUGGAAGGGAAUUCGGCCACACUGCCUUAGGUUGGAAACAAAGGCUAAGAAUAGCCCUAGACAUUGCGCAAGCAAUUGCUUUCAUUCACGUAGAAUGCCCUCCAUAUGAAAAGAACAUUCAGAUGAACGUUCACGGUAACAUAAAAGCCUCCAAUGUCAUGAUAAAUAGCAACUUCUCAGCCUGCUUGUCUGAAUAUGGAUUAGCUCAACUGGCGGAAUACGAGGAAGUUUCCGAUACAUGGCAGCAGAAGCCGCCCCCACAGCAGGAGCCGGAAAGCAUUUACUGCGACAAGUUUUGCCAACAGAGCGACAUUUACAACUUUGGGAUAAUAUUGUUGGACAUGCUUGGAGGAUCCAAAGCUACAAGUUUAAGGCACUGCAUAGAAGAAAAGAAUGAAGAGAUUAGAAGAGGUGGCAUUGAGUUUUUUGAAAUUUCCUUGGAGAGGAAGGCAAGGCAGCAGGCUUUGAAGGUCUUGGAUAUUGCAUUGGCAUGCACAAAUAAGCUACCUGAGGCUAGACUUUCAAUAGAACAGGUUUUAAAGUAUUUUGGAGAUUUUAUAAUUAAAAAAUAAAUAAAUUGUUCAG